UAGCAUACGCGAUCCGUGCCAUUUCAUCCAAGUUUGGCUAUAGAAGAGACUCGGGCCCCGAUCUGCCAUCGCUGCGUGGCUUUCUCACAAUUUGAACAGGGAAGAUCUCCCGGUGCUCCGCCUGCCGCCGACGGUUAUAUACAACUCGUUUUGGCACAGCUAGUCGAGUCGUACCUAGCACCUUGUGGCGCGUCAACCCAGCUCAAUACAUACCAGCACUGCAUUGGAGCCGAGCCAUGUCCGAGACUACCGGUACCGUCGACUUCGUUGUUGGGUCGGAAACCUUCCAGACCUGGUACAAGGUUAUAGGCAACCUAAAGUCCGGGACACCUCCGCUCGUGGUACUUCACGGCGGUCCAGGGCUUCUGCAUAUCUACAUGCGCUGCCACGCGAGGCUCUGGGAGACGAAGGGCAUCCCUAUCGUUCUCUACGAUCAGCUUGGAUGUGGCCAGUCCACGCACCUUCCCGGCAAGCCGAAGAGUUUCUGGACAUUUGAACUGUUCAUCGCCGAGCUCCAGAAUCUCGUUCAAAAGCUCGGUAUCGAGGAAUACGACAUGCUCGGUCAUUCGUGGGGAGGGGUGCUGGCGAUGAAGUACGUUUUAACACAGCAAUCAAAGGGCUUGAGACGCAUCGUCCUGUCCAACUCACUCGCAUCUAUGCGUCUUUGGGAGGCUGGAUGUCGCGAAUUGAUCGCGAAGCUGCCGAAGGACGUGCGGGAUACCAUCGAACGGUGCGAACGAGAGGGGAAGACGGACUCUCAGGAGUAUAAGGACGCCGAACUGUACUUCCUCAAGCGGCAUGGGAACAUCAUGGAUCCGCUGCCCGAAGAUUUGUUGCUCAGUCUCGAGGAGCAAGGGAAGGAUUUGACGGUAUACUUGGCAGUGCACGGACCAUCCGAGUUUUACUGCACGGGCCAUCUGAAAGACUUCGACGUGAUCGACAGCCUUCACGAGAUAAUACAGCCCACCUUGGUCAUCAACGGCGCGGCGGACCAGGCAACGGACUUGUGCGUUGCGCCGCUGUUCUGGGGAAUACCCAAAGCCAAAUGGGUGCAAUUUGCUGUGGCGACCCACCAGCCGUUCUUCGAGGAAGCAGACAGGUACUUCGAGGUCGUAGGGGAUUUCUUGACCAUGUGAAGGAGGGACGUACCACAUGUUCUGAGGAUCGUGCGCGAAUAAAGACAGAAGGGCGAUUCUUAUGCAGUGCGGAUGCCAGUUCUCGAUGCGAGUCAUUGGU